CACCAGUUUACAAUUAGAAAUCAUUAGCCUAGCUGCCUUCCCUACUUCAGUUAUCCCGCCAAAAAACACCGCCUCAAAAUGUUCAAAGUUCUGUUCGUUCUCGCCGCCUUCGCCGCCUCCCAGGCUUACGCGCAUCCCGGAGUGGUGGCCGUAGCACCCGUGGUGGCGCACCCGGCGGUGGUCCACACGCCCAUCAUCCAUCAUGGAGCUCACUCAGUGCACUCCCAUGUUGUUCAUCAUCCGGCAGCCGUCAAGGUCAUCACCCCCGUCGUCCACAAGCCCGUGGUGGCGGUGCAUGCCGUCAGGCCGGUGGUUCCCCUGGUUCCAGUGCAUCAUGCCGCCCCCGCUGUUGUCGUGCAUCAUUAACUGCAGUGAAUACGGUCCAGUUUCAACCCGUCUCCCUCUCCCUCUCCCUUUCCCGCUCCCGAUCCCGUUCCCCACCAGACCCAAUCCCUCCCUGAACCCCACAACCACGAUCCCACAAUAAAAGUUCAUAGCCACGUAA